AUGUUCUCCAAAGUGGUCGUUCUUAGCGCCGUGUUGGCUGCCGCCAGCGCUGGUAUUCUGCCUUUCCACCACUCCGCAGUGUCGUCCCAAAGUAUUGUUCGUCACGACUCGCCGGUCCACUAUGCUUCUGCUCAUUACGCUGCUCCUUUGGUUCAUGCCUCAGCAGUCCACGCCGGUCCUAUUAUUCACGCUGCUCCUAUUGUGCAUGCUGCUCCCGUAGUGCACGCUGCUCCACUGGCUCUAAGUCAUGGUCACGAAUACUCUCAUCCCCGUUACGACUUCUCCUACUCCGUGGCGGACCCUCACACUGGUGACCACAAGAGCCAACACGAAAGCCGAGAUGGAGGUGCCGUUCACGGUUCCUACUCCCUCGUCGAGCCUGACGGUUCCGUUCGUAAAGUAGACUACACUGCUGACGACCACCAUGGUUUCAACGCAGUCGUUCACAAGACUGCUGGCCACCACCCUGCCCCCGUGGUACACUCUGCCCCCAUCGUCCACGCAGCUCCCAUCUCGCACUACGCCGUUGCUCCCAUCGCACUUGGACAUCAUGGUCUCCUCCAUCAUUAA